CGCAGGUCACACAUUCAUAAAUCGGUUCCUGGUGCAGAACGUACGCAAACAGUGACGCGUCGUGGCGGAGAACCCGGCUGAUAAAGACUUUCAGAGUAAAACCACAUCGGUGACUUUAAGAUCGUCGACUGUAGAUUGAUUAAAAAAAACACUUCUGCGCAGGUCGUUCAGAAAUCAGAGGAGACGUUAGUUCCAGCGACACAACAGGUCAAAAGGUCAACACCAAGAGUAAACAUGAUACCUGUUGCUUUUGCUAUGAAAGGUGUGUUUGUUUUUUAAUGCACCGUAUCAGGGCCACACCUACAGCCGGGUGGGAAGGUGGAGCAGAGCUUUACCUGCAGCUUUCAGCCGCAUGCCUCCACAGGCUGAACGUUUCAGCUGCGGCUGCGUGAGACUGAGGAAACCGAGUGGAAACAAGGAGACCGAGAAGGAACUGCAGUGAGUCUUCAGAGGGAAAUAAGAACCUGUGAAGAUGAACCCUGACCCCGGAGCCUCAGAGCUGGACUCCUCUCCGGUGGCUCCUGGGAACCCCACCGACGACCAACCGGACGCCCGGGUCCAGGACCAGGAGCUGGACCCGGUGCUGGUCUGGGUCCCCAGCGGGCGGCGCCUGAUCUCCGGCCUGCUGGGGAUGAACGUGGUGCUGCUGGGGGCGGCGCUGGUGGCCGGCCGGGCCUUCAACCCGGCGGGCCUGAGGCACCAGGAGCCCCAGGUGUUCAUGCUGCUGCUGAUGGUGGCGGGUCUGACCUGGAUGCUGUGGUUCCUGCUGUGGGCCCGGAGGCAGCCCGGCAUCAGCCCGCACAAGGACCACCACGCCGGGGGAAGCACCGUGACCCGUAAGCCCCCCCGAGCUCCAUCACCACGACAGGAUCCACACAGGACGUAUUUACUGUGGGUUCACUCCAAAGACUGUAUCCACAGACACAAGAUCGUCACCAGGUCCGGGCUGAUGCUGAUCCUGUCGGCCGACCUGCUGCUGUGGCUCAACGCCGUCACCGAGGAGACCAUCCACCAGGAGAUCGAGCUGGAGAAGGAGGACGGGCUCGAGUUCGCCAACACAAACGUGUCUGAGGCAGCAGCAGGUAACUGGACGGGGUGUCGGUGCAGUGCGAGCACAGCCUGCCUCGCCUUCAGGAAAGGCUUCGAGAUCCUGUAUCCCUUCAACAUGGAGUUCUACCUGAUGGCCGGCUGCAUGGUCUACGUGAUGUGGAAGAACGUGGGCCGCAGGACGACGGGUCCGGGUCACCACGCCACUCAGAAGCUCACCCUGCGCGUGGUGUACCAGGGCGGGCUGGUCUACGGCCUGGUGCUCGGCGGCCUGGUCCUGGUGGCGGGCGUGGCCGUCUUCCUCCUCUACCAGGUGUGGGUGAGCCAGGAGCAGCUCCGCCUCGCCGCCUUCCUGGUGUUCUACGGCUACCACCUGGCCGUCAUGCCCGUCAUGUCCUGCUGCUCGCUGGCCGGGAUGCUGGUCCACAGGCUGGAGAGGAGGGCCCACGAGGGGGGACACAACCCGACCCGCAGCCUGGACGUGCUCCUCCUGGUGGCGGCGGCUCUGGGCCAGCUCGCCCUCUCCUACUUCUCCCUGGUGGCGGCCCUGGCUCUGGGGACGAGCGGGCCCCUGGGGGACCUGGACCUGGCCUACUCCGUCCUCAGCCUGCUGGAGCUCGUGCUGCAGAACAUCUUCAUCAUCGAGGGCCUCCACAGGCACCCCAACCUGCUCGCCAGGAAGAAGGAGAAGCAGCGGAGAAGCAUAUUCAAGCCGAAGAAAAAGGCCCCGACACAAGAGGAGAGGAAGACGGACAUUUCGCUGCUGGAGGGCAACGACACGCCGGCGCCCCCUGCUGCUCAAGGCCACGAUGGGAAAAAGUCCUGGCACAAAAGAGCGAUACAAGAAAUCUGCGCUUUCCUCGUCCUCUCCAACAUCAUGCUGUGGGUGAUUCCCGCCUUCGGCGCCCACCCCCAGUUCGAGAACGGCCUGGGGAAGCAGUUCUUCGGCUUCAGCGUCUGGUUCGUGCUGGUGAACUUGGGGCAGCCGCUCAGCGUCUUCUACAGGAUGCACUCGGUGGGAGCUCUGCUGGAGCUGCUGCUGUCGGCGUGACGAGCGAGACCACCCGACGGACAGACCAACAGGAUACGCUUCUGUAAAUCAUUUAGUUUGUACUUCACAAGGCCAGAAGUGUGUGGACGUCACUGCGCGCUGCUGCUCUUACUUCCUGUGACCGAGUCGUAACACUACACGCUUGCGUUUGGCCAUUUCCUGUUUCAACAUGGCGACGCCCGCGUGCACAGAGGACGCUCCACCGAGGUAAAGGUUGGUGAGGCAGAAAGGUUUGGGAACAGAGUCUGUGACAAAUGAACCUCAGGAUUUUUCAGGGUUUCUUAAAAUGACUAUAAUAAAUUCUGCUGUAAUAAACAUUAUUAUAGGAAGAGACAACAGACGAUGGAAACAGAGCGAGUUUCACAUGUAACGUACAAAAAGAAAACAGUGGAUUUGGUGUUAAAUUAUAUUCUUUUCUUUUUAACUCUUAAGUUAUUAAAAGUUAUAAUCAAUAAUGCGAGUGUGAACCGAUGAGUUAUAGAUUUAAGAUUUCAGCCUUGUUUUCAAAGUGUGGAGAUGUUUUGCUUCAGUAAAAGUUCAAACACG